AUGUUGGAUGUAUUCAGCGCUACGCCUUUCUUGGGGCUUGUUGUUGUAGUGGCUGCGUUGUGGCUGUUGACACGGCGCUACCCUGGACUACCCCCAGGCCCACCUCUCCUCCCGUUUGUGGGGAACGCCCUGUCCAAUGGCUCAGAUCCAAAACUCACCUUUAGGAAUCUUCGCAGUAGGUAUGGUGACAUAUUCAGUGUGUAUCUCUUCAACAAGCCUGUUAUCGUCCUCAACGGCUUCACCGUUCUCAAAGAUGCACUUGUCAAGAACGCUGACGUCUUCUCCGACAGACCAUAUACCUUACUGAACGACUUCAUAUCAAGAGGGAAAGGGAUAAUCGGAACAUCCGGAGAUGUGUGGCGAGAACAAAGGAGAUUUACGCUCAACACAUUGCGAGAUUUUGGAAUGGGAAAAAAUAUUAUGGAGGACAAAAUCAACGAGGAAAUAUCUCAAUUUCUCGCAGCUAUUGAUGAAAAAAUGGGACAAGGGUUUGACUGUUCGCGUUUAGUGCACAACGCUGUAUCUAAUGUCAUAUGUUCCACUGUGUUCGGCAAACGGUUUGAGUAUACCGAUUCUCUGUUUGUCAAGUUUCUCAAAGCACUGGAAGAGAAUCUGGUUCUUCUCGGAGGUUCCAGCGUGGUAAACGCCUUACCUCUUGUGAGAUUUUUACCUGGAGAUCCAUUUAAGUUUAAAAAAAUCGUCAACAAUGCCUCUCUAGUCGAGACCCUCCUCACACAGCCCAGUAUGAAGGAACACCUCAAAACACACGACGACAACGACGUGGAGGACUUCCUCGGUGCAUACAUUAAAGAAAUGCGACAUCGCCAACAACAAAACGAAGACACAAGCAUGGACUUCGAAAAUCUAAACAGGGUAAUUGCAAACCUGUUCGUUGCCGGAACAGAGACAACGGCCACCUCAAUACGCUGGGCGCUGGUCUACUUCCUGAACUACCCGGAUGUACAAGAGAAAUGCUUCCAGGAGAUUCUGGAAAACGUUGGUCAGAGUAGACGACCAUCCAUGAAGGACAAGACGAACCUUCCUUACGUGGAGGCCACCAUUACUGAAGUUUUGCGACACUCGAACAUUGUUCCCGCAAACCUCCCUCACACUGUUCCCCAUGAUGUCCAGUUCAGAGGGUAUACGUUCCCUAAAGGCAUCCUGGUCAUACCUAACCUGGAUUCCGUCCUGAGGGACAACGACGUUUGGGGGGACGCCGACAACUUCAGACCGGAACGUUUCCUGAACGACGAAGGGAAGUUCCAAAAGAAAGAAGAGUUCAUUGCCUUUUCUCUUGGCCGACGAGUUUGCCUCGGCGAAGCGAUGGCCCGAAUGGAACUGUUUCUCUUCCUCACCACAAUGAUCCAGAGGUUCCAGUUCGUGUCGGUGAAUGGACAGAAACCGUCCAUGGACGGGCACCUGGGUCUCAUUCACAACCCUAAACCUUUCGCAGUGAGAGCUGUUCCCAGGGAAUAAGAUUGGAUUUAAAUGAUACGGACAGUGCCAUCAGAGUACCUGUAAAGUAUUGGCCCUUUUCCCUGCAGAGUGACGAUAACCCCAUAAUGCCACUCGCGACUGUGAUUAUAUACUCGAAAGUGCAAGUGUUCCUUUAAUCAUUUCCCGGAAUUUCAUUCACAAUGCAAUAGAAAGCAUAUGAAGAAACCCAGAAAAGAGUACAGUAACAUGUGUUCUGUGUUCCCGUAUUCGUUUCCAUGAGUAUAUAUACCAGUGUGAUGAGAUUCAAGGAGUCGUCGUGGCUCAUGGCCAGGAUUUCCAAAUGGUUAUUGUCAAAUGAUGCAUGUGUCCCUGAACAUUUCCUGUAAGAUGUACCAGCUGGUCCUUCUCCAUAGGUGACCGAGAGGUUCAUCGUGUUUGGAAAUGUUUAAAUACCAAUACAAAUAAUUUGUAAUAAGUUUGAUUUUUUUUAUCCAUUACAUAUCUCUCUAGUGAGGGUCGUUAUAAAGUAUACACAUAUUCAUAUAUAAUAAAAGUAAAGUGGUUUGCAGUUUGUCUUUUCAGGGUAGGAUUACCCACGCAUUUGACAAUCACCAUUACAUACCCUCUGUACGAUCGUAUAUGUGAAUGUCCCAAACGGAAAGUUUCAUUUCUGAAGUUAAUCACACUUUU